GUCCAGGCCGGGUCCCCCCAGGGUCGGGAGACGGCGCUCAGGCCGCACCCCCUCCCCGUGCACAGGAGCAGCCAUGUCGGUGCAGGUGGUGUCCCCGUGCGAUACAGGGCUGGGCCCUGAGCGUCUGAACCCGGAGGAGCUGGUGCGGCAGACACGGCAGGUGGUGAGGGGGCUGGAAGCGCUGCGGGCUGAGCACCAUGGCCUGGCCGGGCGCCUGGCAGAGUCUCUGGCGGGACAGGUUCCGGCGGCCGGCUCGGAUUUGCUGGAGGAAAAACACCAGGCGGUCAGUCACUCACUGGAGGCCAUCGAGCUGGGGCUGGGUGAGGCACAGGUGCUGUUGGCGCUGUCGGCGCACGUGGGCGCGCUGGAGGCCGAGAAGCAGCGGCUCCGUGCGCAGGCCCGGCGCCUGGCCCAGGAGAACGCGUGGCUGCGGGAGGAGCUGGAGGAGACGCAGCGGCGGCUGCGGGCCAGCGAGGAGACUGUGGCCCAGCUGGAGGAAGAGAAGAACCACCUGGAGUUCCUGGGGCAGCUGCGGCAGUACGACCCACCCGAAGAGGACCAGCAGCCCAAGUCCCCGCCUCGCCGAGACAGCCUAGCCUCGUUGUUCCCCAGCGAGGAAGACGAGAGGAAAGGUUCUGAGGUGGCCCAGCAGGGCGGCUAUGAGAUCCCGGCCCGUCUCCGUACCCUGCACAGCCUGGUAAUCCAGUAUGCCGGGCAGGGCCGCUACGAGGUGGCCGUGCCACUGUGCCGCCAGGCCCUAGAGGACUUGGAGCGCAGCCUGGGCCACUGCCACCCGGACGUGGCCACCAUGCUCAACAUCCUGGCACUGGUGUACCGGGACCAGAACAAAUACAAGGAGGCCACGGACCUUCUGCAUGACGCCCUGCAGAUCCGGGAGCAAACGCUGGGCUCCGAGCACCAGGCCGUGGCCGCCACUCUCAACAACUUGGCGGUCCUGUACGGGAGGCGCGGGCGCUACCAGGAAGCGGAGCCCCUGUGCCAGCGAGCUCUGGAGAUCCGGGAGAAGGUCCUGGGCGCCAACCACCCCGACGUGGCCAAGCAGCUCAACAACCUGGCGCUGCUCUGCCAGAACCAGGGCAAGUUCGAGGACGUGGAGCGGUACUACGCGCGCGCCCUCCGAAUCUACGAGGCCCUGGGCGGGCCCCACGACCCCAGCGUGGCCAAGACCAAGAGCAACCUGGCCACAGCUUACUUGAAGCAGAACAAGUACCAGCAGGCGGAGGAGCUGUACAAAGAAAUCCUCCGCCGAGAGGACUUGCCCGCCCCACUCGGAGCUCCCACCACAGGCGGAGCCGGAGGUACAGAUCAGCAGGCCCUGCGUCACAGCAGCUCCUUCUCCAAGCUCCGGGAGUCCAUCCGGCGGGGGAGCGAGAAGCUGGUCUCCCGGCUACGCGGCGAGGGCGCAGCGGGAGCAGCCGGAAUGAAGAGAGCCAUGUCCCUCAGCACACUGAAUAUGGACAGCCCGAGGGCUGCGGGCAGUCAGAUGCAGUUCCCCAACCAGCACCUGAGCGAGGCUUCUCGAACCUUCAGCGCCAGCACCCAGGACCUGAGGCCCCGCUAAGACGAAUGGCCAUGUGGAAGUGCAGGGGAGGGGGUGGAGGCUGGGGCGGGGCCCCCUCCUCAUCCCACCUGCUGGCUCCCACCCCCUGGGGUCUCAGGCACCCCCAUCCUUGCUCCUGUCUGGCGAUUAAAGUCUGUGACUUGUCACAAAGGAA